CCUGGGUUUCUCCUCCAGUCAUUUAUCUUGAGAAAAGCCUGAGACAGGAUAGCUACAUUACGAGCAAUUGUUGCUGGGACAAGAUGACUCAAAUGUUGAUGGCUUACAUUGGAUUUCUUCUCCUUGCCAUGCAUUUUUCAUCACAGGUCCACGCGCAAAAUGCUACAACACAGUCCCCUGCCAUGAAUACUACAACACAGUCCCCUGCCAUGAAUACUACAACACAGUCCCCUGCCAUGAAUGCUACAACACAGUCCCCUGCCAUGAAUGCUACAACACAGUCCCCUGCCAUGAAUGCUACAACACAGUCCCCUGCCAUGAAUGCUACAACACAGUCCCCUGCCAUGAAUGCUACAACACAGUCCCCUGCCAUGAAUGCUACAACACAGUCCCCUGCCAUGAAUGCUACAACACAGUCCCCUGCCAUGAAUGCUACAACACAGUCCCCUGCCAUGAAUGCUACAACACAGUCCCCUGCCAUGAAUGCUACAACACAGUCCCCUGCCAUGAAUGCUACAACACAGUCCCCUGCCAUGAAUGCUACAACACAGUCCCCUGCCAUGAAUGCUACAACACAGUCCCCUGCCAUGAAUGCUACAACACAGUCCCCUGCCAUGAAUGCUACAACACAGUCCCCUGCCAUGAAUGCUACAACACAGUCCCCUGCCAUGAAUGCUACAACACAGUCCCCUGCCAUGAAUGCUACAACACAGUCCCCUGCCAUGAAUGCUACAACACAGUCCCCUGCCAUGAAUGCUACAACACAGUCCCCUGCCAUGAAUGCUACAACACAGUCCCCUGCCAUGAAUGCUACGACCAGAGCUGGCGGUGCGAGUUCCAACAUGACAAAGAUGCCCGAUGUCACCAAGAACAACACCAUUCCCAAAGGAGCCAGUGCAUCCUUGCAGUCCAGCUCGGUUGCGGUCAUCAUACCCAUCAUGGUGGGGGGCUCACUACAGGGGCGCUUCUAGAGGGCUGUUGCGCAGUGAACUGACACCGGCAAGACUUAACCUCAGCGGCCGAGAUGGGGCAAACUUUUUUACUAAGAGCACAUUUUGUAUAUACUUUCCAGAAAGGCAGUCAUGUGCGCUCCUAACCGAAGAGAUUCGAUGGAGUUCCGUGCUGUAUGAGAACUCACUUCAAACCAGUAGGCCUUCACUUUGAAAAUAAGGUAUAGAAUCUGGCACAUGCACGAACAGUGGCAUUUCUACACCUGCAGUGAGUAUUUUGUCAGAGGCUUGAUGUACACUUGUGAUUUAUUUCUAGAAUAUGGAAUUGUAUGGGUUAGCAUGUGAGAUCUAAUUGUUUAAAUCAUGAUGUGAUAUGCUUAGAUUUGUUUUUAAGGCCAGGUUCAAUUAAACUUUAAAAUUUAGCAUACUUGUGACAAUUUUCUUGUAUAAUAAAAAUACUUUAACAUG